AUGAAAGCUGAUUGUUAAAAUUCAUUAACAAAAAGUAAAGAGGUUUAUGCUUUCUAUGGACCUAAUUGUGAUAUGAUAAUCUAAGUGGAUUUAAAGACAAGAUUAAUUAUAUUUAUUCAACAUUUAAAUCUUUAAUUUAUGCUUAAUAAGAUUCUUCAUUAAAUGCAGACAUUUGAGAUACUAUAUAUAUAAUCUGUAUUCAAUAAAAUAAAUAUUUAAGAGAGUCGACAAAUAAAAAAAAUAUUUUAUGGCUUAAAUAAUAUUCCUUUCUUUUAUGAUAAUCACAAUGCAUAAAUAAAGUACGUACUGAUUGUACUAAUGCGAUUGGAUAUAGUUUAUGUGAUUAAAUUGGUUGUGCUUAUGAUUGUUAAACAAAUGUUUAUAUUGAUAUUGAAAAAUGUUCUAAUUAUAAAAAAAUUAGUUUGUAAUAUUAAUAAAUAAGAAGAUAAAAAGGAGAAUGCAUAUGAUUGA